GUAAUUAAGAAUCCAACUUGGGAGUCUAUCUUCAGAAAACUCCGGCAUAACGAAGAGGACUUGAGCAGUCUCUCUCCUCGAAAAUAGGCCACGAUUGAGUGCCCUUUUUGUUCGAGUCUUGUUCCCUACUACGUGGAAUUCAUCGGUUGGGAAAACACCUAACAAUCGUCCUACAACUAUCACUCUUUUGAUUCCCUUUUAAUCCAUUUCUUUAGAUGAACUGGGGAGUUGUGGAAAGCUACUAUCAGAGGUUUAACACUAAAUUAUUGUGUUGUUUAUGUAAUUAUUUUCAUGAUUUUAGGGUUUUUGUUGACCUUUAUGAUGAUAGGUUUGAUGGGGUAAGUGAAUGGGGGAAUUGCACCUAGGUGUUGUUAGAGGGGUUCUCAAUUUUCUGCAUUGCAAACUGAACAGUCUAGUGUACAAAAUUCCCGGUAUAUCCAGAAGCUAGAUGAGAGUAAUUUGGUGUUUUAGGCGUGAAUAGGAAAUCAUGAAUAUUGAUGAGUUUAUUAAAAAUGAUUGGAACCCUGAAAUCCAUCAGCCUUCCGGAAUCAAAAGAAGAAAUGAUGGUUCUUCAAUUAAGUCGUUACAAAGUCAGGGGAGCCUACAAUUGUCGAGGACAGCUAGUGAGAAGGUUGUUGAUGAUGUGUGGAGAGAGAUACAGCAAGAGGAUAGGAUUAAGAGUACUAGUAGUAGUAGUCAAGGAGUGAAGAGAGAGCCUUCAAUAGGUGAAAUGACUUUAGAGGACUUCUUAGCAAAAGCGGAAGCCAUUGAUGAAUCUGCUUUAGAUCCUGUAAUGCCUUUGCCUUUGCCUUUGCCUUUGGAUAUGGAUGCUACUGUACGAUGUUUCUCACAGCAAAUGGGUUUAUCUCCGGCUCCUUCAAUUCGUGGAUUAUCUGAUACGUUUGAGCGGAAAAGGGAUAAUCCGGGUACAAUGGAAAGAGGUUUUGAAAAGAGGCUGAAGAGGAAAAUUAAAAAUAGGGAAUCGGCUGCUCGUUCUCGUGCCAGAAAACAGGCUUACCACAAUGAAUUGGUCACCAAGGUUUCACUUCUCGAGGAGCAAAACAUGAGGCUCAAGAAAGACAAGAUACUUGCACCAAAUUCAGGCAAGCUUUUCUUGAGGACUCUCUCGUCAUCAGGGGAUCAAGGUACAAGACCAUCUGUUGCUAUACAGUGAGUGAGCAAUGGAAUUGGAGAGCCGUCUUCCUGGGGAAGUGGCUGUUGAACCCAAGUAUCAACUACGAAGAACCAGUUCAGCACUUCUCUGAAGAGUCUGUAAAGAUUUUGUAGCUAUAGGUUUUGUGACCUUUUUUUAGCCUCACAACUCACAAGCAAAUGUUUUGAGCAGUUCGGUUUCUGUUACUCUUGAUGUUACAGUACAUUCCUUCUCAUUGACGGUUAAUCCUUUAGAAUUUGGUCUCUGUAUAAUUAUGUUCAUUUAAUUUACAUAGUUAAUUAAAGUUUACUUAUA